GGGUGCAUGUUGUAUGGGGGGGGUGCGCCGGUUGAGGAUGCACAAACACUACUUUAGGGUGUGUGUGUGUGAGGGAGCGUGUGUGCACCAAAUGGGUGCGCCAACUCUGUCAGGAUGUUAAAAUGAGUGUGCCACAAAAUAGACUGAACAUUUUUGAUGGUGUGCACAGAUGCUGGGGGGGGGGGUAAAUAUUAGGUGGUGCACCAUGUUAGUUGAGAGUGUGCGUUCAGUUGAUGGGGUCAACUCUGUCAGGAUGUUAAAGAGCGUUCACAAACGACUGCACUGGACAUUUUUCAGACUCUGUGCGGAUGAGCAGUGGUGUGCCAAAUAUUUGCAAAGGUGUGCUGGGUGCCUUUUCUGUCAAGAGUUUAAGGGGGUUUGAUAAGGUCAACUAAAUGUCUUCAAGGGUGCUUGUUGGGGAGAGGGGCUAAGUGUCAGCAUGUGGAACGGUGUGCACGGCUUCAGAGAGUCGACAAUUGGCGCACCCCUCUCUCCCUGCAUACCCCCGCAAUAUUUUUUUGCACAACCGUAUGAGGGGAGAGAUUGGGAAAGUUGGUGUGCUGACUCAGCAUGGGGGAAGGGGUGCGCAUCGUGGAAAAGAGUGAUCUAUGGAAUAAAUGUUGAACCCCACUUAACAAAUCAGCUGCUUUGUUUUUGUCAGGGUUUGAACGUGUGUGUGUAAAAGUCUCCUGAACGGGAAACUUGUUUCAGUCGGUCAGCGUGCACGUGUGUGCGCGCGCGUGCACGCGUGUGUGUGUGAGGGAGAGGAAUAGCCUGCUGGUCCCAGCAGCCUUUAUAAUUGCGAGCGGAGGGUCGUGGCGUUUCAAUGAAAGCUGAGCCUUGGGACUGCUUGACUGACUCGGCGUAGCCACGCAUCUUUUUUUCGGGCACCUGCACUGGACUUUGCCGCGCCCCUCCUUGCAUGUGAUGGUUCCCCACUCUGGUGAUGCCCAGUCCUACCGGAGAUAGGAACCGCUUGCGGAGACUCGUGUGAUAGAUUGGAGAAAGUCCAUUUGGUCGUCUUUGCGUCCACUUCCAGGAUGGCUUUUUUGCUGCUGAUCGUGCUGUCGGCGUGGACCUGCUGCGCGAGCCUCGGAUACUGCGCGCUGGUCCGAGCCGAGGCGGAUUUUACGCACGCGGUCGAGCGGAGACACCCGGUGGCGGGCGGCACGGUAGCCCCGCUGGUAGAGAGAGACCGGGAGCGGCUGUCCCAAGACACGGUGACGGAGCACAUGCACAUGCUGUACGACAAGUACAACAAGGCGGGAUUCGCCUUUAAGGACGGGAACACGGUGCGCAGCUUCAAGGCACACUGGGGCGUGAUCAACAGGAAGCAGCUUCAGAUCUUCAACCUGACGUCACUCACCAAGUCCGAGGACGUCCUCUCUGCCACGCUGCACUACUACAUCGGGGACCUCCGCAACAGCAGCGGGUCCUGCUCCAGACCCCAAGGCUGCGUCCUCCACGGCCCACGCAGGCACAGCCACAUCCACGCCGUUAUCUGGAGCUUUGCCCCUGAGGUGGACCGGAUGAGGACGCUGGGCCAGUUCCGCAUCAAUGUGUCUACGCGCUUCCGGGACUUUAUCUCCUGGCAAUGGAAGGACAUCACCCGGGCGGUCAAUCAAGCCAAGACACACCACCAGCUCCUCAUUGGCAUCGAGGUGGCCUCACGGGGACCCCGGCCCUGGAAGGAGCUCCUGGCUGACCGCUCUCCUUAUAUCCUGGUCUACGCCAACGACUCGGCCAUCGCGGAGCCCGAGAGCGUGGUGGCCACCCUCAGGAGGAAUCCCUCGGCGGAGGAGCCAGGGGAACGGCAGAAGAGCUCCUCCAGGCCCAAGCGCUCCGUCAAUAUCCCGCUCCCCCUGCAGAACAAUGAGCUCCCCGGACCAGAGUACCCCUACGAGACGGCCGGCUGGGACGAGUCCAGUCCCUACGAGCCCUUCCAGAGCAAGCAAGCCCGACGGCCGCCGCGGAAAAAAAGCCGCAAGAACCCGAGGCACAAGAUGCCUCUGCUGCAGUUUGACGAGCACACCAUCAAGAAGGCCCGGAAGAAGCAGUGGAACCAACCCCGGAAUUGCGCACGCCGCUACCUCAAAGUGGACUUUGCCGAUAUCGGCUGGAGCGAGUGGAUAAUUUCUCCAAAGUCUUUUGAUGCCUACUACUGCGCGGGAUCGUGCCAGUUCCCCAUGCCCAAGGCGCUGAAACCUUCCAACCACGCCACCAUCCAGAGCAUCGUGCGGGCGGUGGGUGUGGUGCCCGGCAUUCCCGAGCCGUGCUGUGUCCCCGAAAAGAUGUCCCCCCUCAGCAUUCUCUUCUUUGAUGAGGACAGGAACGUGGUGCUCAAAGUGUACCCUAACAUGACGGUGGAUUCGUGCGCAUGCCGAUAGCUCCCUUGGCACACUUUUGCCCUCUGUCACCAUGGAAGCAAGUCAUCUCCUGUUUUUUUUUUUUUUUUCCUUAACCCUGACAAUGAACCGGACUAACUGGGCAUUGGAAGCGGGGUUAGGGUCAGGGUGAAGAAGGAACACUGAAGGCUAAAUCCCUCUGUUGGGGCGCACCUCUUCACAUCCUGAACUUUAGAAGACAACCCCCCCCCCCUUCCGCAUCCACGGCAAAGUUGAUGUACCCCUUCCAGACAAAGCAAGGCUGCGUGACAAAAGAAUCCAAAUGACCUUUAUACAAUCACACCCCGGGGCAUGCAAAGGUUUACCUCACCUAAGUCCGUAUUUCCCUAUCAUUGUAUGUCUUUAUUGUAGAAGGGGGUUGUCUUGGUUUUUCAAGGGGGCGCACCCUAAGGCUCCCAAAUUUCUUUUUUUUUUUUUAAAAGAAAUCCCGUUUCAUCACACAAAUAUGAUCAUGUGGAUGUCAAAAUGACUCAAAUCUUUCAUGCACAUCCCCAGGGAGGUGCAUACCACCAUUGUCUCGGUUGUUCAGAUUUAUUGUAUCAUCUCUUGGAUGGCUAAAUUCCUCAUCUUCUCACUUUUUUAAAUCCAUCUUUUGAUUUCAUGCAAUGCCAAAAGCCAUCACCACUCCCCCUCCCUGAUGAAUAAAUAAAUGAAUCACAAAUGAAUAAAUAGACACCACAGUGUCGCACUGGUUAGCACGUCCGCUUCACAGUCCAGAGGGUUGCAUGCAUGUUCCCAAAAAACAUGAAUGGAUGGAUGGAUAAUGAAUAAAUCAAUCAAAUAAAAAGCCAUUCAGCCAAUGAACCAAACCAAAGCAAACAGGUUGCCAGCUUUGUUCCUGAACUUUUGAAGCCAUGCACCCUCUUCAACAUCCUCAGCUGGCGCACCCCUACUUUCUUUAACAAAUGAAGACAUCCUCAGGUUGUAUUGAAAGCCCAACAUCAAAUAAACUAUUUAUGCAGACUUCUCGUACGCGCGUUCCCUUGUACAUUUUGCUGUGCUGACUGUCUGUUGGCAAGUGCCUUUGAGUUUUUUAAUCUUGGGAAUCCGUUUGUAAUGAAAAGCUAUGAUUGUGGAAUUUACUCUUCAAAAUAUAUGAAUAUAUUUCAAAUCGUUUUGAUAUGUCAGAGACAUUUAUUUUGUGUCAAAUGUUUUUUGUUUUUUUUGGUAACUUUUAUAUUUUGUACUUUUUGCAUGCCAUAGACACACUGUGGUCUUUUUGUUUUCACUUGUGGAAAUGUUAGAAAACGCUUGUACAAUAAGCUCGCUAACGUAUAUUUGUAUAUGGAAAUAUCUUGAAGCUAUUUAUUUUUGUCUAUCUGGCUGAGGGGGCGUGGCCUUGGAAGGAGGUAUGCGGGCUUUAAUAAGUGAUGGACAUUUGACCUUUGACCCCCCUCGACACGAGCAGCGCUGCCAACUCGCCAAGCAUUCAUAGAAAUGAAUAAAAGUUUGCAGAAGUCCACACUCGCAAAUCGUCCGAUGUGUGUAUGCUAAUAGGGAAAAAUGGCCAAAAACAAAAGUCCUCAAAAAUUGGUUUGAAAAAAAAAAAAGAUUUGCUUGUUUUCUGUUUUUGUCUUAUUAAAGAACUUGGGUGUCGAAAAAAAAGCUGUUUUGUGAGAAGCAAAGCCUGAUUAUUCUGCAAAAACUGCAAUCAUUUCUGAAAAUAAAGCAAAAGGGUGUCAUGUCUCGUC